UAUUUAAAGCAAAAGCGAAAUGGGUAGAAAAACGAACGUCGAUCCCAUUGUUCAUUGCGCUUGAACCAGAUCCGUUAACCCUUUGAGCUGCCUUACUGACAGACUUAUGCAUUGCUGCCGGCGACCUUGCCAUAUGCCACUGACAUUGGUCAGUUCCGCCCGGAAACGGUAGAAAAUGAAACUCUUAUGUGGAGUGAAAUCAAAGUGCAAUUUAUAUACUGUCCACCGAGGUGCGCUGUGGGCGUUUCAGAGCCAAAGCACUUCCGGGAUACUGUCGAGAACAGAUCCUGACAUCACCCAUCCAAAAUAUCCUCUCAGGGUAAUGGGACCUGAUGGCGCCCCAGGUCCAAACGUGCCCUGGAGAAAGGUUCUCUGGGAACGCCAGCCUUUUCCUGACAACUACGUGGACCAAAGGUUCCUGGAGGAGUUAAGGAGAAAUGAGGGCCUGCGGCAGUACCGUUACUGGGCUGUGGUGAAGGAAGCAGGCUUUGUUGGCCAGCAGCUGUCCUGCGUGGCCAUUUUCAUCACCAUCUGGCUGUACAUGGAGCAGGGUCUUCUCUCUCCAGAGACACUGUUGUGGACCUCUGUCAUUUGCUCCAUACUAGGUUAUGGACUGUAUCAGAUAUUAACGCCUGAGUCAGAAGCAGGUUCAGAGCCCCGGACUCGGUUAGCAGACCUGCAGAGUACCGCUAUUUUUCUCUCCUUCACGUUUGGCUUCUCCCCCAUCCUGAAGACGUUAACGGAGUCCGUGAGCACCGACACGGUUUACGCCAUGUCUGCCAUGAUGCUGCUGGCCCACCUGGUGUCGUUCAGAUACGCCCAACCCUCGCCCACCUGCAGCCUCUCUAUAAACGCAGCCUUGUUUGCAUCUGUGUGUCUCGCAUCGCGGUUGCCGGGCGCUGUGCAUACCUUUGCUAUGCUUAGCUGUGCCCUGCUGGUGUUUGCCCUCUGGCCAUGCCUGCUUCAGCGGAUGAGGGAGAACACUCCUCACCAGUUCACUCUGGUCUGCUUGGCUGUUUGCUUAGGAGGUGUGGGUGGGUUAGGUUCACAAUCUGUGGGUGGAGCUGUGAUCUUGGCCCUGGCUCUGGGAAAUGUAACCUUUCUUUGCCCCCUGCUGCUGGUUCGGCUGCAACAGCAGAAGGACAAUAUUCAGGGACCCUGGGAUGAGGCCGAGAUCAGCGAAGACCUGUCUCACUUUUUACUUUGAGGGAUAGAACAUGAACAGCACAAUGACCAAAAAAAAAAUUUAAACGGAAGUUUAUGUAUUUCAUGAAUGUUUUAGAAAGCUUUGAGAACACUGGUCUUAGAACUGAAAUAUUGAUCUUGUUGCUGACAAUACACAACUGUACUAUGCCAUUAUUUGAAUGCAGUAUUGUAAAAUGGCAGCACUUUACUUUUUUUAACAUCUCUGCCUGACAUCACUGACUGAGUUCACAGAUCAGGCUUCUGUACAGCCACGGAGUCAAGUCUGAUACCUCAUGAAAUGGCAGAGCUUUUGUGAAGUGGAUGGUUGAGAAAGAUUCAUAGAAAUUGUUAAACCCGAAUCAUAUGUACUGUAAAUGUGUCAAAGGGAUUUUAAACCUUCAAGUACCUUUGUUGAUCAUGUUUAAUGAAUUAAUAAAUUGAUUUUAUUGACGGA